CCACAACCACCACAACCCACCACAACCACCACAACCCACCACACCCACCAAAACCACAACAAACAAGAUGGGAUCAAGGCCAGAGUUAAAGGUUGACGACGAGAACGGCUUCAUCACGUUCUUCAACCGUCUCCCAGAAACCGACGCGAUCCGUCUCUUCGAGCGUAAUGACUUCUACACUGUCCAUGGAAGCGAUGCUGUAUUCGUUGCCACUACCGUCUACAAAACCACCAGCGUAAUCCGGAAGCUUGGAUCGUCUCGCAAUGCUCUCGAGUCGUGUACGUUGUCGACUGCUGCCUUCCGAAACUUUCUCAGGGAGGUCCUCUUCGGACAGGGCAAGAGGGUUGAGAUUUGGCAGCAGAAGGGAAGAGGUAGUUGGGAAAUCGGAAAACAGGCGUCUCCGGGAAAUCUACAAGACGUCGAGGAGGAUUUCGCCGGACAAAUUGAGAGCGCGCCGGUGAUUGUUGCGGUAAAGAUUCAGGUCAAGGGAGAGGAUCGAACGGUGGGCGUGUGUUUUGCAGAUGCGAGUGUGAGAGAGCUUGGGGUCUCGGAGUUCGCAGACAACGAGGUCUAUUCCAACCUCGAGUCCCUCAUCAUCCAACUUGGUGCGAAAGAAGUCGUAUUGCAAGAGGACAAGCUCGGAAAGGACUAUGAACUCAAGAAAAUCCGCGAACUAGUGGAUCGUUGCGGUGUCGCCAUGACGUUGAACAAGCCCUCGGAUUUCUCCAUCAAAGAUAUCGACCAAGAUCUCGAGAGACUACUGGCCACCGAGGGCACCGCCAACAUCCUACCAUACAUCGAGCAGAAGGUCGCAAUGAGCGCUGCUUCUGCCCUGAUUCGGUAUCUUAGUCUGAUGAACGACGAGUCCAAUUUCGGCAAUUACAACCUCUACCAGCACGACCUGUCCCAGUUCAUGAAGCUGGAUGCAUCGGCGGUCAGGGCACUUAAUCUGAUGCCGGGUCCUCGAGAUGGAUCCAAGAACAUGUCGCUGUACGGGUUGCUCAACAAGUGCAAGACGUCGAGCGGAACGCGGCUACUGGGCCAAUGGUUGAAGCAACCCUUGAUGAGCCUGGAGGAGAUCGAGAAGCGCCACAGCCUCGUCGAGUCGUUCGUAGAAGACACCGACCUCCGACAGACAAUGCAGGAGGAGCAUCUCAAGAAAAUUCCGGAUCUCAACAGAUUAGCCAAGCGUUUCCAGCGGAAAAUUGCCAAUCUGGAAGAUGUAGUCAGGGCUUACCAGGUAGUCAUCACACUUCCUGGCUUCAUCGGAACAUUGGAGGCUGUCAUGGAUGAAAAAUAUAAAGACCCUUUGGACGAGCAGUACACAAACAAGCUCCGUGAAAUAUCUUCAAAUCUUGAAAAGCUCCAGGAGCUCGUCGAGACGACUGUGGAUCUCGACGCCAUCGACAACCACGAAUUCCUCAUCAAGCCUGAAUUCAACGAAGACCUUCAAAACAUUAGGCAGCGAUUAGACGACCUUAAGGAAGCGAUGAAUAAAGAGCAUCGCCGCGCCGGCUCAGAUCUUGGGCAAGAGAUCAAUAAGAAGCUAUUCCUGGAAACUCACAAGGUUUAUGGAUGGUGCUUCAGAUUGACGAGGACUGAAGCAGGUGCGAUCAGGAACCGCAAGGAUUACAAGGAGAUGACUACGCAGAAAAACGGUGUCUACUUCACCACCACGAACUUGAAGGACCUCAACCGGGAAGUGGACCAGGCUACUCAGACUUAUGACCGCACUCAAAGAGGCCUGGUUGAUGAGGUUGUGGCAAUAGCAGGAUCGUACUGUCCCGUAUUGGAGGAGCUCGCUGGUGUCCUUUCCCACCUAGAUGUCAUAGUCAGCUUUGCGCACGUCGCAGUGCACGCUCCUACAGCAUAUGUCCGGCCCAAGAUGCAUCCUCGUGGCCACGGCGACACCAUCCUGAAGGAAUCUCGUCACCCCUGCAUGGAGAUGCAAGACGACAUCCAAUUCAUCACGAACGACGUGACACUCAAACGCAAUGCCUCCGAAUUCCUGAUCAUCACGGGACCCAACAUGGGCGGAAAAUCCACGUACAUCCGACAGAUCGGCGUCAUCGCGCUGAUGGCACAAGCCGGCUGCUUCGUCCCCUGCGACGAAGCCGAACUUACCAUCUUCGAUUGCAUACUCGCGCGCGUGGGAGCCAGCGACUCGCAACUCAAGGGCGUAUCCACCUUCAUGGCGGAAAUGCUGGAAACCGCCACGAUCCUCAAGUCCGCUACCUCGGAAUCACUGAUCAUCGUCGACGAGCUGGGGCGUGGAACGAGCACGUACGAUGGAUUCGGUCUUGCCUGGGCAAUUUCGGAACACAUCGUCAAGGAAAUCCGCUGCUUCGGAAUGUUCGCCACACAUUUCCACGAGCUCACCGCGCUCAGCGAUGAGUACAACACCGUCAAGAACCUCCACGUCGUAGCCCACAUCGGCAACCGUAAAGAAGAAGGGCGCGAAGUCACACUACUCUACAAAGUCCAAGAAGGCGUAUGUGACCAAUCCUUCGGCAUCCACGUCGCCGAACUGGUCAAGUUCCCAUCCAAAGUAGUAAAAAUGGCGAAACGUAAAGCCGACGAGCUCGAGGACUUUACAGCCAAGCACUCGGAAGGCGGACAGUGCACGAAGGAGCAGAUCACCGAGGGCUCGGCACUGCUAAAGAAGAUGCUGCUGGAGUGGAAGGCUGCGAUCACCGCGGCCGGCGAGUUGUCCCCCAUCGAGAAGAAGCUCGAGCUGAAGAAACUCGCUAUGGGGAAGUACAGGGAGGCGUUCGAGAAGGAUCCGUUCUUUCAGAGCGUUAAGGCGCUUGUGUAGACCAGAGGAUGGGACAAGAAGAGGAGGAAUUUUAUGGGAUUUACUGGCGGUGCAACCUACCUACGAACUUUGAUGUAUUUCUAGUAUAGUGGACGCGCACCCUUUUUUCGGCGUAGUUGGUUUGGCUUUGGUACGUAACAUACUGGCAUACUUUUAAUGGUAGAUCGCUUUGGGAGAGCAAUGAUACACGGAUUGCGGCGCUCUUGUCAAAGUGCCUGGG